GAGAGGGAGAGAGAGAGAGAGAGAGAGAGGCAGAGAGAGAGCGCUUUGGGGAAGAAUGCACGCGCCUCUUUUCGUUGUUGUCUUUUCUCAGCUGCUUAGCGUCGCCGUCUCCGCGCAGGAAGAGAGUGCGUCCGGACGCAGGACCGUCAGACUGUACUGCAGAGUUGGCAUCGGCUUCCACCUCCAGAUUCACCCCAAUGGAAGAGUGAACGGGAGUCACGAACCUGAUCACUUGAGUGUGCUGGAACUGUUUGCCAUGUCUCAAGGAGUCAUAGGAAUCCGAGGAGUUUUCAGCAACCGUUUUCUAGCCAUGAACAAGAGGGGAUGGCUUCAUGCUACUGACAAGAAAAUGGCCCGCCAGCUGGUGGAGCUGGGCUGCUGGGGCAGUGGCGAGGUCCUGAAGAGGGAGGAAUUCGAGACAAGGAAAGCAGCUGCGGAGGCCUCAUUGCUCUCAAACAGGACCCAGCAGAAGACGCUGGCAAGUGCAGGAAAAGAACUCAAAGAUAACUUCCUGAGAGCGCUGGCUGAGCGUGAGGAGGCCAACCGCAGUGGGAAAAUGAAUUCCAUCAUUUUUGUAAGGGACCGCAAUUCUCAUGGACAGGAAAUAUCUGGGUAUAUAGACUACUCCCACAGACUACAGUUUGAAGACUUUGAACCAUAUUUCAGCGGAAAGAAAAGAUUUUUGCCAAGACCGACUGACUUAAGUUUCUACAACUGGAAAACACAAGCAUCUACAAUGAAUGACACUGAAAACUACCAGGUGAUCGCAGAGCAUUCAUCCUGUUUACUCUUCAAGAAUAAGAAGGACCGAAAAACCCUGAAUGUCGACCCAGAGGCAUCAUCACCUGGUGCAAACUCCUCCAGAACUUCUAUCCAAUCUGACCUCUACCAUCAUGUUGUCAUCUAUGACCACAUCACCAGGAAGAACUGGGUCUGAGUCAUUGCCUGCGGCGCACACUGCACUUUCUCUCAACCUUAACAAAGUUGUUUUAACAUGGUGAACUAUUUAAAUAGUGGCAUAGAAAUACUGCAGAAUACUGAAGAUUUUUCUUGUCAAACCAUUUCUUUGUUUAAUUGUUUUUUUCUUCAUUUUUUCAAAAUUCUUUCAA